UUUUAAUAUAAUUUUUGAUGGCUAACCAUUAUGAAGUUCCCAGCUGGGCUGGCAAACCCCCAGUUGGUCUUCACUUAGAUGUGUUAAAGGGCGAUAAGUUAAUUCAAAAGCUAAUGAUCGACGAGAAAAAGUGUUAUUUAUUUGGGAGGAAUGCUCAGAUGAACGACUUUUGUAUUGAUCAUGCCUCUUGUUCCAGGGUUCAUUCAUCUUUCGUCUGGCACAAACAUCUAGAACGAGCAUUUCUAGUCGAUCUUGGCAGUACACAUGGCACUUUCAUUGGAAAUCUACGCCUUGAAGCAUAUAAACCCACCCAACUACCAAUUGAUUCCAGUUUUCAUUUUGGAGCCUCUACUCGAAAUUACAUAAUUAGGGAAAGACCACAGACGGGAAUAAGGCCCAUCAUAGAUGAAAUUGAAAAAGCAAAUGAAGAGUCAGAGGGUGGUUUACUGGGUUUACCAGAGACGGAAACUGAGUUAGAUAACUUAACAGAAUUUAAUACAGCCCACAACCGACGAAUAUCGAUGUUGGGAAUUUCCGACGAUCCAGACAAAAGGUUGUCCCGAAAACGAAAGCGACAGAGCGUAUCUUUCAACGAAGACGACGAAAUCAUAAAUCCAGAAGAUAUCGAUCCGAGUAUAGGAAGAUUCCGCAAUCUAGUGCAAACAACAGUCGUCCCUACGUCAUCCAAACGACUUAAGAUCGCAGAAUCUGUUGGUAUUUCUACCACAGAAUUCAGACAACCUAAACAAGUACAUCAACACCACACUUCAGCUCCCGAUCUGUAUACGGACUUACCUCCCGAAACACACUCUUCUGGAACAAGUACUAUGGGAAUAUACAGUGCGUUGAACUCGAGAUUGGGUAUGGUGCUACCGAAUCCAGCACCAGAGGUCGACAUGGGCCAGUCUUUUACGAACCCCACGCCGUUCGUACCUCAACAGGUGCAAGUCUCCGACACGAUGGAACCCAAAAAGAAGAAGUACGCAAAAGAGGCCUGGCCGGGGAAGAAAUCGGUACAAACUUUAUUGGUAUAGUGUUAUCAGAUAUUCUGGUAUUUUUAUUUAUCUAAUUUUAAACAGUGUCAUUUGGAUAUCUUUGUUUUGAGUUUUAACAGCUAUUCACGACUCAAAUACUACUGCAAAUAGGGGCACUAAAGAUAAUACAAAUUAAUAUUUUCUAACAAUUAAAAUAUAGAAAAAUAUAAAUUAAAAACUUCUGGAUAAUUCUAGCAACUUAACAUUUGGUAUUGACAUAUCUGGUUGAAAUGACAUCUGUAAUUCUCUGUGGAAGGUUUCUCUAAAUCAAAUUUCAAAUCUAAAUUUUCCCAUCCUCUUAAACCACUUUAUAAAGAAUUGGAUCACUUUAUAAACAAUUGGAUUACUUCAUAUACAGUAUAAGUAAAAGUUUAUGGUCGGUAUGGACCUUACGUGAGAUGGAGUGAGAUUUUUAUUGGGAAUAUGCCG